AUGAAUCAUCAAGAUCAAGAUGAAUUCGGUGAAUCUAGCGAGGUUUAUUUUUACAAUAGUUUAAUAACAACCAACGAUCCGAACCAUUCAUUAAGUUCAUUGAGUUUUAUAACAACAAACGAUUUAAACUAUUCAUCAAAAGCGACUUAUGUUACUCGAAAGAAUGAAAAUAAAGAUAAUACAGUGGAUUUAAUUUCAAUGAUAAAUCCUGUUGAUCAAAAUGGCAGCUCUUCGUCAAAUUCUACUCUUUUUUCUAAUUUCGAAUCAUCUAAAAAUAAAGAAUUCAACCUUGGUUAUAUUCCUAUUGAAAAUACACGAAAAAAAAGUUUAGAUCCAGAAAUUCAAGAUUAUUUGAUUAAAAUUGAUCUCAUUCAAUGUCAAUUCGUAUACCCUUCAAAAAAUCAAAGUUCUAUCAAGGCUACUGAAGCUGGAGAUAUGGCAUUUCUUUAUCGUUGCGACCAGGAUGUGGUGUCAAUUUGUUUUAACAAAAUGCAACAUGAAGCAGCAAUCCCAUUAAGCGAAAUUACUGGCUUUCGUACGUAUGACGGAAAAAUUAUUAUAAAACUGAAGAAAGGUUAUCAACAUUCUUUUAAUCAUCAUCUUGGGGGAUUUCCAUAUCUACUUGAUCCUACUCCAAUGAUCUAUGAUCCAUCUAAUAACAAAUUUGGUGGUGCACAAUCUUUAUUGUUAAUUCCUCAUUCUUCAAAGCCUUCCGUUCUAUCAUCACUAGAAUUACGUAUCGAAAGAUUAUACUUUAUGAAACAUGGAAUUCGUAAUGAAGCUAUCAGUGAUGAUGGAUUAAAGAUUUAUGUAACAUUCGUUUUCCCACAUGAACGCCGAGCAGUUGCGUUUCCUAUUAAUACCCCAUUUCAUAGAGUAUUGAUUGUUAUCGAGAGUAGAUUUGGAAAGAAAUCGCCAACUCUUAGUUACAUGAUUGGUAGAAAUGAUUGGAUUCCAAUAAAUAACGAUGAAAUUUGGCAGAAAAUAAAAGGUGAAGCUUUAGACGAUUAUACGUUGUUGAGAUUGGAACUUCAUGUUGAUAAAUGA